AUGCAUGCACCUUCCAGACUUAGAGUGUUCUCUGGGAAAAUUCCACGUCCGAGCACUGAAGUUGAUUAUGAUGCUUGGAGAGGGAGCGUUGAACUGAUUCUCCAGGAUCCUUCUCUUUCUGAUUUGCACCGUUCCAGGAAAAUAUUAGACAGUUUGUUACCUCCAGCAUCAGAAAUUGUGAGACAUUUGGGUGCAACAGCCCCACCUAAUGCAUACCUUGACAUUCUGGAUUCUGCAUUCGAUGCAGUCGAGGAUGGGGACGAUCUUUUUGCAAGAUUCUUGAACACAUUGCAAAAUGCAGGAGAAAAGCCCUCCUUGUAUCUGCAGCGUUUACAAACAGCUCUCUUAAAAGCAAUGAAAAGAGGUGCAGUUUCCAAUGCUGAAGCUGAUAAACAGCUCUUGAAACAGUUCUGCCGAGGCUGUUGGAAUGACGCGUUAAUAACAAACCUUCAGCUUGAGGGUAAACAAGACAGUCCACCUUCAUUCUCCGAACUGCUAUUGCAGUUGCGCAGUAAAGAGAAUCGACAUUCUGCCAAAGAGAGCCGUAAGCAUCUGAAUGUGCAUCGUCAAAAAGCCAGCUCCAAUGUGGUAUCCACAAGCUCUUUUGACUGGGAGCAGGGUGCAGCAUUGGAGGGGAGUGAAAUUGCAGAACUGAGACAGCAAGUCACAAAACUUCAAAGUCAGCUCAGUAAGCAGAAAGCUAAAAAGACAGAGAAACCUGUGCCACUGCAAAGUGAUGAUGUGCUUGAAUUGAAGAAACAGAUUGCAGAACUUCAGAGUCAGUUCACAAAGCUAGGAUCCCAGAAGCCUCUAAAGCAAGAAGGAGACCGUGAGACCAAACAGGCUUGCUCUAAGCCCACUGCUUCAGCUGUUGUGCAAAAGUCCCAAGAUAGACCUAAGCCAGGUUACUGUUUCCGCUGUGGCGAAGAUGGACAUAACACAUCUGGUUGCGAAAGCGAUCCCAACCGACCUUUAGUGAAUGAAAAACAGAAGCAGCUGAGAGAACGACAAAGUCUGUGGGACCGCCAGCAGUGCCCAGUGGUCUCAGAGUCUUUAAACUGGAAUUAG